UGUUCCUGGCUAGAGGCUGAGUUAAGAAUUUGCGGGUGGUGAACUGGAACAUCUCCUUCUAGGUGUCGGAUCUCAAAACUCGAAGGAUGUUGGGCUCCAAGAACGUGCCCUGGCGGCGGCUGCAGGGCAUUUCCUUCGGGAUGUAUUCGGCUGAAGAGCUCAAGAAAUUAAGUGUUAAAUCCAUUACAAACCCUCGGUACCUGGACAGCCUGGGGAACCCAUCAGCAAAUGGUCUGUACGAUUUAGCACUGGGCCCUGCAGAUUCCAAAGAGGUGUGCUCUACCUGUGUACAAGAUUUCAACAAUUGCUCUGGGCACCUGGGCCACAUUGAGCUCCCACUCAUGGUGUACAACCCUCUCCUCUUUGAUAAACUUUACCUGCUGCUCCGAGGUUCCUGUUUAAACUGCCACAUGCUGACCUGUCCCCGGGCUGUGAUUCACCUCCUUGUCUGCCAGCUGAAAGUUCUGGAAGUUGGGGCCCUACAAGCAGUCUACGAACUGGAGCGAAUUCUGACCAGGUUUCUAGAAGAAAAUGCUGAUCCUUCUGCUUUUGAAAUUCAAGAAGAAUUAGAGCAAUACACAGCCAAAAUUGUGCAGAACAACCUCUUGGGGGCGCAGGGUGCACAUGUGAAGAAUGUGUGCGAGAGCAGGAGCAAACUCAUUGCUUACUUCUGGAAGGCACAUAUGACAGCUAAGCGAUGUCCCCAUUGCAAGACUGGGCGGUCAGUUGUCCGAAAGGAACACAACAGCAAACUAACAGUCACAUAUCCAGCUGUGGUGUGCAAGAACUCUGACCAGAAGGACACAGAGUCCCUGGCUCCGGGAAUUGACGAGGCUCAGAUGGGAAAACGAGGAUAUCUGACACCCAGCAGUGCCCGGGAGCAUCUUGGUGCCAUUUGGAAGAAUGAAGGAUUCUUUCUAAAUUACCUUUUUUUGGGACUGGAUGAUGUUGACAUGGAGUCCAGAUUCAACCCCAGUGUGUUCUUUCUGGAUUUCAUAGUGGUGCCGCCCUCCAGGUACCGCCCUGUUAAUCGCCUAGGGGACCAGAUGUUUACCAAUGGCCAGACGGUGAACUUGCAAGCUGUUAUGAAGGACAUAGUUCUGAUCCGGAAGCUUCUGGCAUUGAUGGCCCAGGAACAGAAGCUACCCACUGAUGUGGCAACACUUGCCACAGAUGAGGAAAAAGACUCUUCCGUUGCUAUGGAUCGGUCCUUUAUAAGUAUGCUUCCAGGCCAGUCUCUCACAGACAAACUUUAUAACAUUUGGAUUCGCCUUCAGAGCCAUGUUAAUAUUGUAUUUGAUAGUGAGAUGGACAAAUUAAUGAUGGAAAAGUUCCCUGGCAUUAGACAGAUCCUGGAGAAGAAGGAAGGCCUGUUCCGAAAGCACAUGAUGGGAAAGCGAGUAGACUAUGCUGCCCGCUCUGUCAUUUGCCCAGACAUGUACAUCAACACCAAUGAAAUCGGAAUUCCCAUGGUGUUUGCCACAAAACUGACCUACCCUCAGCCAGUGACCCCCUGGAACGUCCAGGAACUGAGGCAGGCAGUCAUCAACGGCCCAAAUGUGCACCCCGGAGCCUCCAUGGUCAUUAACGAGGAUGGCAGCCGCACAGCCCUGAGCACCGUGGACAUAGCCCAGCGGGAAGCAGUGGCCAAACAGCUCCUGACACCAGCUACAGGGGCGCCUAAGCCCCUGGGGACAAAAACUGUGUGCCGGCAUGUGAAGAAUGGGGACAUCCUCCUGCUGAAUCGACAGCCCACCCUACACAGACCUUCCAUCCAGGCCCACCUUGCCCGCAUCCUGCCUGAAGAAAAAGUCCUACGGCUGCACUAUGCCAACUGCAAGGCCUACAAUGCUGACUUUGAUGGAGACGAGAUGAAUGCCCACUUCCCCCAGAGUGAGCUGGGCCGGGCUGAGGCCUACGUUUUGGCCUGCACUGAUCAGCAGUACCUUGUUCCCAAGGAUGGGCAGCCAUUAGCAGGACUGAUCCAAGAUCACAUGGUUUCAGGUGCAAACAUGACUAUUCGGGGUUGCUUUUUCACCCGGGAACAGUAUAUGGAGCUGGUAUACCGAGGACUCACAGACAAAGUGGGACGAGUGAAGCUCUUUCCUCCAGCUGUCCUGAAGCCUUUUCCACUGUGGACAGGAAAGCAGGUUGUGUCUACACUGCUGAUAAACAUAAUCCCAGAAGACUACUUCCCACUGAACUUAACUGGAAAGUCAAAAAUCCCUGGAAAAGCCUGGGUACAGGGAACUCCUCGGCCUGUUCCCAACUUUAACCCUGACUUGAUGUGCGAGUCCCAGGUGAUCAUCAGGGAAGGGGAGCUGCUCUGUGGAGUGCUGGACAAGGCGCACUAUGGGAGCUCUGCCUAUGGCCUGGUCCACUGCUGUUAUGAGAUCUAUGGGGGUGAGACCAGCGGCAGGGUCCUUACCUGCCUGGCUCGACUUUUCACUGCCUACCUGCAGCUCUACAGAGGCUUCACCUUGGGCAUGGAAGACAUUUUGGUGAUGCCAAAGGCGGAUGAGACAAGACAUCAGAUCAUUGAAGAAUCAACCCAUUGUGGGCCCCGAGCUGUCAGGGCUGCGUUAAACCUGCCAGAAACUGCAUCAUGUGAUGAGAUCCGAGGGAAAUGGCAGGAUGCCCAUCUGGGCAAAGACCAGAGGGAUUUUAAUGUGAUCGAUCUGAAGUUCAAGGAGGAAGUGAACCAUUACAGCAAUGAGAUUAACAAGGCAUGCAUGCCUUUGGGCCUGCACAGACAAUUCCCAGAGAACAACCUGCAGAUGAUGGUCCAGUCGGGAGCUAAAGGUUCAACUGUGAACACAAUGCAGAUCUCGUGCCUACUGGGCCAGAUUGAACUGGAAGGUCGGAGACCCCCACUAAUGGCAUCUGGCAAGUCACUGCCCUGCUUUGAGGCUUAUGAAUUCACCCCUAGAGCUGGUGGCUUCGUCACUGGAAGGUUUCUCACUGGCAUUAAGCCUCCUGAGUUCUUCUUUCACUGUAUGGCAGGGCGAGAAGGGCUGGUGGACACUGCUGUGAAAACCAGUCGCUCCGGCUACCUCCAAAGGUGCAUUAUCAAGCAUCUGGAGGGACUGGUCGUCCAGUAUGAUCUGACAGUCCGCGACAGUGAUGGCAGCGUGGUACAAUUCCUGUAUGGGGAGGAUGGCCUGGACAUCCCCAAGACACCGUUCCUGCAGCCUAAGCAGUUCCCCUUCCUGGCAAGCAACUAUGAGGUAAUAGUGAAAUCCAAGCAUCUCCAUGAAGUUCUGUCCAGAGGAGAAUCCCAGAAAGCUCUCCGCCACUUCAGAGCCAUCAAAAAAUGGCACAGCAAGCAUUCCAGUGCCCUGCUGAGGAGAGGUGCCUUCCUGAGUUAUUCCCAGAAGAUUCAGACAGCAGUGAGAGCUCUGAACCUCGAGGGCAAGAACCAGAAUGGCCGAAGCCCAGAGGCUCAGCAGAUGUUGCAGAUGUGGUAUGAGUUGGAUGAACAGAGCCGGUGGAAAUACCAGAAGAAAGCAGCCCCUUGUCCUGACCCCAGUCUGUCUGUCUGGCGUCCAGACAUCUACUUAGCAUCUGUGUCAGAAACAUUUGAAAAAAAGGUUGAUGACUACAGCCAGGAUUUGGCAGCCCAAGCAGAGAAGAGUUAUGAGAAAUCAGAGCUUUCUCUUGACAGACUGCGAACCCUGCUGCAGCUGAAGUGGCAGCGCUCACUGUGCGACCCAGGCGAGGCUGUGGGCCUGCUGGCUGCCCAGAGCAUUGGGGAGCCCUCCACACAGAUGACCCUGAACACCUUCCACUUUGCAGGCAGAGGCGAGAUGAACGUCACCCUGGGCAUUCCAAGAUUGAGGGAGAUCCUCAUGGUGGCCAGUGCGAACAUCAAGACGCCUAUGAUGAGUGUGCCCGUGCUCAACACCAAGAAGGCCCUGAAGAGAGUGAAGAGCCUGAAGAAGCAGCUCACCAGAGUAUGCCUCGGGGAGGUGUUGCAGAAAGUUGAUGUUGAGGAGUCCUUCUGUAUGGGGGAAAAGCAGAACAAAUUCCGGGUGUACCAGCUACGGUUUCACUUCCUGCCACAUGCAUAUUACCAGCAGGAGAAGUGCCUGAGGCCCGAGGACAUCCUGCACUUCAUGGAAACAAGGUUCUUUAAACUUCUGAUGGAAUCCAUCAGAAAGAAGCAUAGUAAAGCAUCAGCCUUCCGAAGUGUGAACACUCGGAGAGCUACGCAGCGGGAUCUCGAUGAUGCUGAAGAAUCAGGGAGGAGUCGGGGAGAGCACGAAGGUGAUGAAGAUGAGGGGAACAUUGUGGAUGCUGAAGCUGAGGAGGGGGAUGCUGAUGCCUCAGAUGCAAAAUCCAAGAAGAAGCAAGAGGAAGAGGUGGAUUAUGAGAGUGAGGAAGAGGAGGAGAAGGAGGAAGAAGAAGAUGAGGAGGACACACAGGAAGAUGGGAACAUCCGUGGUGAAGAUGCCGACCAGGCCCGUGAACCAGAUGAGGAGAUGUGCUCAGUCCCAGAGGAGGACUUAUCCCAGAAACCUCUCUGCCUCCGCCGGGAGCGCCAGGAAGCUGAGGCUGUGGAGCGCCGUGUCCAGGCUGUGCGUGAGGCCCACUCGUUUGUUGAGGACUACCAGUAUGACACUGAGGAGGGCCUGUGGUGCCAGGUGAUGUUGAAGCUCCCUCUGAUGAAAAUUAACUUUGAUAUGAGCUCCCUCAUCGUGUCCUUGGCCCACAGCACUGUUGUCUACACAACCAAGGGCAUCACUCGGUGCCUCCUGAAUGAAACCACCAACAAUAAGAACGAGAAGGAGCUUGUGCUGAACACAGAAGGAAUCAACCUCCCGGAGCUGUUCAAGUAUGCUGAGGUGCUGGACCUGCGCCGCCUCUACUCCAACGACAUCCACGCCAUGGCCAACACAUAUGGCAUUGAGGCUGCCCUGAGGGUGAUCGAGAAGGAGAUCAAGGAUGUGUUUGCUGUGUAUGGCAUUGCAGUGGAUCCUCGCCAUCUGUCCCUGGUUGCUGAUUAUAUGUGCUUCGAGGGUGUAUACAAGCCACUAAAUCGCUUCGGGAUCAGGUCAAGCUCCUCUCCUCUGCAGCAGAUGACAUUUGAAACCAGCUUCCAGUUUCUGAAGCAGGCCACCAUGAUGGGAUCCCAUGAUGAGCUGAAGUCGCCUUCAGCCUGCCUCGUGGUUGGUAAGGUUGUUAAAGGUGGGACAGGACUGUUCGAGCUCAAGCAGCCCCUGAGAUAGUGGCUUCUGCAACACCAUCUGCCCAGCCAGGAGGACCUGAGUAUGGAUGUGGCCAGCACCGGAGAGGACCAGAAGGUCAGACUCCAAGGUGGUUCAGAGUGACGGUUCAGAGCACAGCAGUGACCUCAGGCUUCAAAAAGCAGCUGAUCUUUGGGUGGAAGUAGAAAGUGACAGUGUUGCUCUUCCCUGCCCCAUCUCAGGAUUGUAACAGUGCUCUCAGUCCCUCUAAGAUGGCUGGGAUUUCGCUUGCACUGGAAAUCCGUGAGGAGAAGCCCAAGGACGUUCCCUGGAGUAUCAGGGGAACAUCGACUUUGCUGUUGGGACCAACGGUACCUCCAGUGUAUAGAAGUGAGAUCCUUUUGCCCCAGUGACUGCAGACAGGAUUCCUAGGGUCCCACAUGAGCAGAAACAUAGAACCUGCUACUCCCCGACGUGCCCUUUCCGGCUCGUCCAACACCUGGGCGCAGAGUACAUGGAGUCCCCAACCUAGGGCUUUUUCAUGGGCCAAAGGCAGAACAGCACCGUCCUCCAACCACCCAACUUCAUACCUGCACUGCAGCAGGGCCUUGAGAUCACAUCAGUCUCUCCAGGUCCUCAGCAGUUCACCCCCACACAGAAAACCCCACAGAGGCCAUUGGCCAAGCUGCCUGGCUUCCCUGGCUCUGCUCUCAGAUAUGUCGAGCCUUGUGACCUCUGUGUAGGCCCUGCUGUGUGGCUGGGUUUGUCUGGGCCCUCUUCACCACAGACAGCAGCAAGGUACCCGGGCCUGAGCAGAAAAGGCAGAGAGGGCUCAUACAGAGGCUUUGUAAAACCAGAGGCUGUUUCUAUUUUUGUCUAAUGUUAUUCUAACUCAGGCUGAGUAAUAAACAUCCCUGAAACUGUUAGGAGGGGGGAAAACUGACUUGUGUUUUUUAUUUUUUCUUCUGGUUUAUGGUUUUUGCAUUUAGAGUUGAGAACCCAGAACUGGGAUUUUCUUGGCACAGUUAGACCUCCAUCCCUCUUUUUGCUUUCAUCUGAGUUUGUGAGGACAGAUCUCAUCCCCUGCAGACCCCUCACCACCACCCCAUCUGUUCUACUAGUGUCCCCUUCCAGCUCUAGCCCAAUGGCCAGUAGAGGCACAGGACAAAAGCUGGUGGGAAGGAGCUGUGCUGAUCUGGGAGGUGGGGUCGGGGACUGCAAUAAACUCAAGAGUGAGGUCUGGGUUAAAGGUAGGCCUUGCAGGGGGAGAGGGACUACACUACUCCCUCCAGACCUGGGGCAGGACCCAGCCUGCGCCUCUUGCACCCACACAUGACAGGGUCUGGCCUUGCUUGGACACAGAGUAUGAAAGCUUCCAAGGAAGACAGGGAGGAUGGGUCCCUGUGGAAUCCUGUGCAAUAGAGGCCCAGCAUGCAGCGGGGUAGGUGUUCAUUCUUUGAGAUGAAAGACUCAACUAGAAUUGUGAGAGAGUCCUCAGAGAAGAUCACAAGGUACCCCAACGCUGCGACCUCUGACUGACGAACGAGUGGGUCCAUGUUCAUGAGGUCAACCCCUCCUCCUGCCCCCACUCCUCCAUGCAGCCUUUUUACACCACUCUCCCCAGAGGAUGAGUAGAAACAGCACAUCUGGUUUUUAAACAGAUGUUCCAGUGCUUGGCCAGCUGCGACAUCUUUGCAGUAGUCUCAGGGUUAUAAAUGCGGUUCCUCUGAGAGUGUCCUUGAGUUUUUGCAAGAGCUACAAGUUGGCCCUGGCCAAAUUUGUUGAAGAGGAUAGGGCAAUUGCAAAAUCUUUAUUUUGGUUAUUUUGUUUUGUUUGUUUUUGCUUUGUUUUGCUUUGGGCAGUACUGACUGAGGUUGAGCCCGGGGCCCUUAUGUAUGGCAUGCAAGCACUGUACCACUGAACCACACACCCCACCCCAGCCCUUUUAAUUUUUUUAUUUUGAAACAGUCUUGCUAUGUUGCCUGGGUAGGCCUUGAACUUGGAAUCCUUCCUUACCCUCUACAGUAGCUGGGCUUACAGUUUCAGAGUUACUUCAGUCAAAACAGGAUAGAGAUUGUCCAGAGGGUUUCACAGACUUUUCAUGGAGGCUAUGAGUUCUUCAGAACCCCAAAGUACUAGCAGCCACAGUUCCUGGGCAUUCUCCUUGAGGCCUUGCCCUUUAGAUGACAGUGUCCAUACCUAUUUGGAUUGCUCAGACUUUUUUUUUUUUUUUUUUUAAUAUCCUUUCUGAGUUCUCAACGAAAUCAGUACUGGCAUCCCUGAAGUUGCUACCAUGAAUCUGACACAUCUUUGCUAAAUCAAGUAGGAACAAACCAGGACUAAAUGAAGCCCCUUGUCCCCUUCUCUCUUGGCACCUUCCCUUCUCUCGUUUUUCCAUUUUGUAUUGCUGUUACAAAGUAUCUGAGGCUAUAAUGUUAAAAAAAGGGUUUAUGUCACUCAGUUCUGGAGGCCCAAGAACAUGCGGCAACAUAAGCGUGGCACUGGUUAGGGCCUUGUGGCAGGUGGCAGCAGUGUGUCCUUUUCCACAGUAGCUUAGCCACGUCCAAGUGACUGGCAGCACAUGCGGAAGAGGGCUUCUGAGCCCGUGUUGGGUUCCCUUGUAAAAGGACCCAUUCUCUGCAAGCUAAUGACUCCAUUGAGGCCAGCUUCGGUCCCUUGUCCCUUCCACUAGACCCUACCUGUUAAAUCUGCGACCUCAGCACCCCCACCUGGAAAACCAAGCCUCUGCCUGUGCACCUCUGGGGAUCAAACCAUCACACCCCCAAAUGUAUGUGCAGAUAGCUGUGCCCAUUGAACUCUACCCCCACCCAAUUCUUUCCCUAUGCACCAACUUCUCUGGGUGCCUCCUGUAGCGUUUGAUUUUUUGAAAUUUUGUUAAUGGUUUAUUUCACUUAGCCUGAUGUCCUCGAAGUUCAUCCAUUGUGUAACGUGUCAGAAUUGCCUUUUUAAGACUAAAUAACAACCCACUUAGGGAUAUACACGUUUUGCCUUUGUAUUUGUCUAUUAAUGGAUAGUUUGGUUGCUUUCAUCUUUUAGCUAUUGUGAAGUGGCUUGAUCCUAUGGCAGUUCUUUCUAAAAUUAUUUUGAAGAACCUUGUAUCCUUUUCCACAGUAGCUUUUUUACAUUCCCACUGGGUUCCAAUUUCUCCACAUCUUUGUUACUUUCUGUUUCUAUUUUAAAUAGUAGCUAUCUUGAUGAGUAGCACGUAUUCUCAUUUUUGGUUUGGUGUUCUAAUCAAAUGGCAGGACCCUUAGCUGGUUUGCAUCUGCAGACCAACUAAGGAUAAGAACAAUUUACAAAGUAUUUGCUGUUUGCCAAUCUUAAAAGUUUUUGAGUUUAUGAUUGAACACGCUGCUAUAGGAAUCUAGAAAAAUGCUCUUGAAGCAGGAGAGAUUGGUCCUUUAGGUGAAGAGUCACCCGUUAGCAACUCCCUCUACAGACUCUGUGGAGUCUUCAUACCACAACCUGUAUGUGAGGUCACACAGCUCAGGUAGUUGCUGAGCCUGCUGUGGCUCUCCUGAUCCCCGUGCAGUUUUACUUCAAUCACAGCCACUCAAAUAGCUGUGGUCAAAAAUUUCAAAUUUCCUAAGCCAUAAACCCCAGAGGUCCUCAUUCUGCACAUUGGUAACGCUUGGGGAGCUUUUAGAUGCAUUUCAAUGCCAUAACCAGAGAUUGGGGCUUUUUGUUUGUUUGUUUGUUUUGUUUUUUUACUGGGAUAUUUAAGGUAUACAA